AGAGGGACUAACAAAGGGGGAGGAUUUAUAAAGGGGGGGAGUUGAAGAAAGAGUGAGAAAGUGCUAGGUGAGUAUAUAGUGACAGAGGGAAACAGAGGAACCCCGAGAACGGGUGCAAGAUAGAAAGAGAGGGAAGGGUGACGACAGAGACAAACGGGCAUUAGAAAGAGGGAGAAAGAGAGAGAGAGAGAGAGAAAGCGCGCGCGCGCGCGCGUCUAUGUGCCAGAAGGAACUGACAGACAAAGGAAGUGGAAAGGACCCGGUCGGUCUUUCGGUCAGGAAAGUUAAGGGUACGAAGGACGGCAGGAAGGCAGGAAAGACGGAAGGAUCGUAGUCAGACGAGGCUGCGUUACGGGGUGACAGCGUUACGAGUGAUAGAACCGCGUCGGGUCUGUCCCCUAGGAAGGGACCGUCGCGCGCAACGCGAUCAAUUUUCGUUGCGACGCGGGCGGCGAGACUGGAAGAAAGGAAGAAGAAAUGACGACUGCAGCAAGAUACCGAUAACCGGCCAGAUAAUGUUGUCGCAGAGCAAGUUUUACGCUCUCUUUAUCCACUACACGUUUGUGUAGCGCGACACGGGGCGGGUCCUUACCGCUGCGGUGAAGAACAGAGGUGUUGGAAGAAGAGGUGGUGGCGCGAGGAGAACAAAGAAGAAGAAGAAGAAGAGGAAGAAGCGGAAGAACGAAGAGAAGCAGGAAGGGAAUCGAAGGGAACGAAGAAGCUUGUUUGGAAAUUUUUCCGGAGGAGUGCCGGAGAGGAUUCACCCGAACGGAUUACUGGAAUACGUUUCGUCGUGUUCAUGAUUAUCGUGAAAAAAGAAACAGAAACGAGGGAAGAGAGGAGCAGAGAACGAAAGAGAUAACGAAGAGAACAAGAGAGAGAGAGAGAGAGAGAGGAAGACAGAGGAAGACAGACACACACACAACACACGCGCACGCACGCACGCAUACAGAAAAGACAGAAAAAAGUUCGUUGUCGUACGGUGUGUUCAGUUUACAGUGUCAGUUGCUUGGUAGUGUGCUACCCUUGCCGAAGCUGAACAAGCAAGGCCCGCGGAGGUAUCUCAGAACCCGCCCCUCCUCGACGUCGCAGUGCCUCUUCUCCAUAUCGCUACGUCGUGCUUCUUUUCGUUCAAGCCGCGACUAUCCCUACGCUACCGGAGAAACUCCUCGACCAUAAGUAUCGAUCGUCUCGCAGAUCAGACUAUGUUAUUUCGAAUAACGGAUUGAUCGCACCCGUCGCUUCAUUCACACGUCGGACAUGAAAAAUCUUGGUUCGCGUUGGACGGUCCCCGACAUAGCACGCACUGCCGCAGCGCGUUCGUCAUUUCUCGUCGCCAUUUCGUCGGAACGAGAGUCAGGUAGCAGCAGCAGCAGCAGCAUCAUCAUCAACGAUAGCAGCAGCCGCAGCAGCAGCAGCAGCAGCAGCAGCAGCAGCAGCAGCAGCAGCCGCAGCAGCCGCAGCAGCAAUAGCAGCAGCAGCAGCAGCAGCAGCCGCAGCAGCAGCAGCAGCAGCAGCAGCAGCAGCAGCAGCAGCAGCAGCAGCAGCAGUAGUAGCAGCAGCAGCAACAGUAUUAACGUUAAAGUGAGAAGAAGUAUCGUUAGAAGUAGCGGUAGUGGAAGCAUUAAGGGAAGAGGUAUUAUCAAAGUAAGAGGCGUCACGGCGAUCGAGAAGAAUAAGAGGGAAAGGAAGGGCAUCGGUAGAUCGGCAGUCGACGUGCUGCACGAGUCGCAUUUAUCCGUCCGAUCGUACGUAACGGCGUCGUCAAAUCGGUUCGACGACACGACGCGUUCCGAAUCGACGCCCAGGUACCGGCCUCUAGCCGGCAAGUCGCGCGGUUCUCAGCAUCGGUCUCGUCCUCGUCAGCCGCAGCCGCAGCCACCGCAGCAGCCACUCUCUUACCCCCCCGUAUCGUGGGACACGCGCACAUUACACUUCAGGAACUGUUAGCACCGAUCAAAAGUGAGAAGGUGGCUCAGCUGUGUGCAGCUUAGACAAUGUCCGAAGAUUCUGACUCUGUAUCAGAGGAAGAAAGAAGUUUGUUCCGUCCGUUCACGCGGGAGUCCCUGGCAGCGAUCGAGGCUCGCAUCGCCGAGGAACAUGCCAAGCAGAAGGAGCUCGAGAAGAAGAGAGCGGAAGGCGAGGGAGGUUUUGGACGGAAGAAAAAGAAAAAAGAAGUUCGGUAUGACGACGAGGACGAGGACGAGGGUCCUCAGCCGGAUCCGAUGCUCGAGCAAGGAGCACCGAUCCCGGUCCGACUGCACAACGAAUUUCCACCCGAGUUGGCCUCCACACCUCUCGAGGAUAUCGAUAGCUUCUAUCAUAACCAAAGGACCUUCGUCGUCAUCAGCAAGGGAAAAGACAUAUUCAGGUUCUCAGCGACAGAUGCGAUGUGGAUCCUCGACCCGUUCAACCCAAUACGACGUGUGGCCAUUUACAUAUUGGUUCACCCACUGUUCUCCCUCUUCAUUAUCACUACAAUAUUGGUUAACUGCAUACUCAUGAUCAUGCCCACUACGCCCACCAUCGAGUCUACGGAAGUGAUAUUUACGGGCAUCUACACAUUUGAGUCCGCCGUUAAGGUGAUGGCGAGGGGUUUCAUUCUGCAGCCUUUUACCUAUCUUAGAGAUGCAUGGAAUUGGCUCGACUUCGUAGUUAUAGCUUUAGCUUAUGUGACGAUGGGCAUAGAUCUAGGCAACCUUGCCGCUCUUAGGACAUUUCGAGUCCUCCGAGCCUUGAAGACUGUCGCUAUUGUACCAGGUAUGCUUAGAGAAAUAGAUCAAUUGGGUGUAGUCGCAGAUUCUUAGAGACUAUUUCAUUUUUUUAUAGACACACUAUUUGCCGCGGCUCGCUAUGUUUACACACACAUUCUCUCGCAUCAUCACCGACAACGCCUAUUCUCUCUCUUUCUCUCUCUCUGUCUGUCUUUCUCUCUCUCUCUCUCUCUCUCUCUCUCUCUCUUUGUCUCUCUAUCUCUAUCCUUCUCUCUCAGUAAAUAUAAAACCUCUCUGUUUUAAUCUCUUAAUAUUGGAUCAAGACGCUACCCUACUCUUUCACAUGUACAUGUACUAUUUGUGCGCCACUUUUUUUGCUCGCCAGCCUCCCAUCUUUCACUUCGAUCAUUGAUUCAGUGAUCAUUCUCAUCGAAUCGAACACGUUUCUUCAAUUUAUUGAUCAUUGAAAGGAAGAAACGAUCAGCUGUUCAUGAUCUUCUGCUAGCCAUAUCUGUCUUGUCCUUCGUUCCUCAUCUUUCUCCAU